AUGGGUAUGAUGCUCAGUGUCGCCUCUUCCCUCAUCAUCUCCACAAACCUGCUCGUGGCAGCUGCUUUACUUAAGCUACUCCUCAAGAAGUGUAGCCAGAGCUGGUGCUUUGUCCUCAACUUGGCACUCGCUGACAGUCUGGUUGGCGUAGCCAUCACUGGCCUGGCCACAGAAGACCUCAGCAGGAAUGUCAGUCUUGCUGAUCGUCCCUCAAACACUACGCCUUCCACUGGCCAGGACAAGACCCGCUGCCUGCUGCGAAUGGCAUUUGUGAUAUCACCCUGCAUAGCAUCCAUCAUGUCCAUGUUUCUCAUCUCACUGGACCGCUAUGCUGCCAUCAAGAUACCCCUGCGAUACUCGCUGCUGUCUGGGAAGGGGACGGCAGCUGGAGCCUUGCUGGUUCUGUGGAUCAUUUCACUCACCAUGGGAUUCAUGCCAGUUAUGGUGCGGCAGCUGCAGGUGGAAUCAAGCUAUGAUGGCUUCUGUGCCUUCUUCUCUGUGAUUCACAAUGUGGCCAUCGUCAUUUUCCUCAGCGUCGUCUUUUUCCCAGUGCUCGCCAUCUUCAUCUACAUCUACCUGGAUAUCCUGAAGAUCGCCAGCAACCACCAGAAGCAGAUCUGCCGUGUCAGGCAAGCAAGCUCCUGGAACGGUGACCACCACAGGCAACAUAGCCAGCAUCAGCCUCACCAUUCAUAUCUGAGGAUCAGUUACUGGAGUCACGUCAAGGCCCUGAGGACGGUGGCGGUGCUCGUGGGCUGCUUCUUAGUCCUCUGGUGCCCCUUCUUUGUGGUGUCCAUAGUGCACAUUCUUUGUAAAAGCUGUGCUCUCAAAGCUGUGAUUGAGAAUCAUAUAUGGCUGCUGGGACUCUCCAACUCACUAAUCAACCCUAUAGUGUAUGCCAUUUGGCAAAGGGAAGUGCGGCUGCAGUUGGUAGCCAUGUUUUCCUGCAUUACAGGCAGCUCAUUGGCAGCCAGAGCAACUGUCACAGAGAGAGGCGACCCACAACCAAAUGUGCAGACUCAAGCCUCUGCUUCUAGAAGAGACACACUAAACCCUGCACUCUUGCAACCAAUCACCAAUGAUGAAGCUCAUGCAGGACCACAAACGGCCACAACAAGUCUGUGA